AUGGCCAGGGCGACCACACCGUCACCGACCCGGUGGCCGUCGUGGGGCGCAGCCAUUGGGGCCUCCGCGGCGUCGCAAUCCUUCAACCGUCGCGUCACUCUCCCAGCCGCCGCGGCCGGCGGCAUCUGCUCGCAGCCACGCCGCCAUCCCAGCAUCAACAGCCUCCCGGCCGUCCACCUCUCUGUGGUCUCCCGCAGUCGCGGCUGGGCCAAGAGGGCCUGCUCGUGCUCGCCAACGACGCACCCGGGCUCCUUCCGCUGCGCGCUGCACCGGGGGGAGUCCCCGGUGCCAGUGUCGAGCCGGCUGCAUGACGUGAGGCGAUCGGCGAGGGCCAACUCGCUGGUGCGCACCGGUUCGGUCGAGGGUGGAGACCGCGUCAGGCGCGCGCUGGCCGCCCUCGCCCGCCCUUCCUCACACCACCAGCGCCGCCGCGCCUCCUUCCGCGCCCUUGCCUAUUAA